GAGACUAGGAUGUGUGAACUCUGCAUCAGCUGCAUCAGCUGCAGAGUCACUUACAACUACGUCUCACCCGAAAGACGGAGCACAAGGAUGUGAAGUGACUUGCUCAGGGUCACACAAUGAGUCAGUGGGUGAGGUGGGAUUUGAACCGGGGACCUCCUGGUUACAAGCCCCUUUCUUUAACCACUGGACCACACAGCCUCCUUGGGUCAUUCCUUGUCAAUUCAACCAGCCAAUGUCACCAUACGUCACACAUUUGGUUAAAAAUCGGCAAAAAGUUAGUAAAAGUGUUUGUUAGAAACUUUGUGAAAUUUGAGCGGUCAACUCUUUAUAGUUCCUGAGAUUUUCGUGUUUAUACCUAGGGGGUACCACCCUGCCAAUGUUCUGUGAAAACACACACACACUGCUUUUAAAGGCUAAUAAUGUUUGAAAUAAACAUGUUAGAUACCCAAAUUCACCCCCAUAUAGAUUUUUGGUCAAAAAUAAAAUAAAUAAGAUCUGUUCCUCUCCUGCCCCCAGAGCAGGUCUGUUCCCUCAUUCCCCCAGAGCAGGCCUGUUCCCUCAUUCCCCAAGGGCAGGCCUGUGCCCUCAUUCCCCAAGGGCAGGCCUGUGCCCUCAUUCCCCAAGGGCAGGCCUGUGCCCUCAUUCCCCAAGGGCAGGCCUGUGCCCCUGCCCCCAGAGCAGGUCUGUAUCCUUUUUGCCCUAAAAGCAGACAGGUCUGAGCCCCUCCUGUCGAAAGAACAAGUUUGCCCUUGCAUCAGUGGCAGAUAUUCUCUCAUCUCUGCCCCUAACCCAGUCUUAUUUCCUUUUACCAUGAUGUCUAGAAACCAAAAGAUUGUUAGGUUAACAUAAUGAACAACAUUAAUAUAACCUGGCCUAGAAUAACAGAAUAUUACCCAUUUAAACAAAGUAUAAUUUCAAUGUGAAAAAGGCAGACAUGCCCUAGCGAGGGGCAUGGGGCUCUGUUAGGGGCAGAUAUGAGACACAGAUCUGCUCUCGGGGCAGGGGCACAGGACUGCUCUCGGGGCAGGGGCACAGGACUGCUCUCGGGGCAGGGGUACAGGCCUUCUCUCGGGACAGGAGUGACAGUCCUGCUCUCAGGACAGGAGGGAAACAGAUCUGCUUGUCCUUUGGGGAAGAAUUACACUGACAAGCCUCAUUCUGUAUCAGCAACAUUAAAUAGCUUACUAUGCAUUAUUAAAAAGCAUGUCUGGGGCUUCCGAGUGGCGCAUCCAGUAAAGGCGCUCCACGUGGAGUGCAGGAUGCGCUCUAUAGUCUGGACGUCGCGAGUUCGACGGGUCGGCCAGGGUGUCCUCGGCUCACCACGCACCAGCGACCCCUGUAGUUGGCCGGGCACCUGCGGGCUUGCCUGUAAGCUGCCCGAGAGCUGCGUUGUCCUCCGACGUUGUAGCUCUUGGGUGGCUGCAUGGUGAGUCCACAGUGUGAAAAAAAGCGGUCGGCUGACGGCACACGCUUCGGAGGACAGCGUGUGUUCGGCUUCGCCCUCCCGAGUCAGCAUAGGAGUGGUAGCGGUGAGCUGAGCAUAAUAAAAUAAUUGGCGAUUCCAAAUUGGGAGAAAAUAAUAAAAAUAAUUGGCAACAACUAAAUUAAAAUAAAAAAAAAAAGCAUGUCUAAAACCAUCUUGACAAAAAAGAACCACUAGCAGCAUUGUUUUUCAUGCAUUUAAAAAUGAACUGUUUUAGUGCUCCAAUAUUUUCCCUUACCACUUUCAGCUGUCAUUGCACCUGAUAAAUCCCAUGUUUCAUAAUGGAAUUCUUGACAACUCCUAUAAUCGAAAAAUGUAAAUAUAUUCUGCUACGUAUAUUUUUUAGACGAUACAGGUCAUGUUCUAUCUAAGCCUUUUAGUCCCGCCUUUGGCAAAAAUCAAGUAACCAAUCAGACGCGACACAUUAGUUCUGCCCCCAGAGCUGAUCUGCCCUCAGAGCAAAGUUCAUUUCCAAAAACUCAACUGAGCUGCUUGAACGGACAAACUGCACGUGCACGUCACAACAGAACACCCAGCGUGGGCAUGAACAUGAGCACAGCGUCAUCGGUGAAGAAAUAAAACAAACUGGCAUUUAAAUGAAAUUAUUAUUAUCCUUUCGACAAAUAUUACCUACAAAAUCCCUCAUAUAUAACAACAUGUACCAGAAGCUCUCUGCGUAACCAACAAUAAAUAUAUCAAUAUAGACCUGCUGAAUAACCUAGCUAUAUGAAUAAUCAAUGAAAAUAAACCCCCAAUUUUAACGUUAGCUGUCUUUUAACACACUAUUAUGUUUCACUUUUUGUACCACGCACCCAAGCGAGGCAGUCAGCUACUGUAGCCUCCUCUCGAACCAUGCACAGCUUCACUGCUUUCAAAACGUAGCUACUGCUGUUGCAUAGUAUUUAAAUGCGAACCCCAAAAACGUUCCGUUAGCAUGCCUCCUUCUUCUUCUUCUUCUUCUUCUUCUUCUUAUUACUAAUAAACAGCGAAGUGCAAUAGAUUAUACAGAACAACCCAUCCAAUACUGUAAUAAACUGUAGUACAGCAUUAUAAACUCUGGUACGGUAUAAGGUUACUACACUAGAUUCUGGUAUCAGUUUACAACACUAACCCCGAUGCUAUACCUCCUACAAAAAGAAGGGAGGUCAUGAUUGUUGGGGACUCCAUACUGAGAAACACAGCAAGUUCAGUUCGCAGUUUGGACCCCCUUACUACAACAGUGUGCUGCCUUCCAGGAGCCUCAGUCAAGCACAUCACUGAUAAUGUGGACAGGCUCCUAGAACGAACAGGAGAUGACCCGGUAGUAGUCGUCCACAUUGGUACAAACAACAUUGGAAGAGACAGACCAAGAUCCCUGCAAAACAAAUUCAGAGAGCUAGGAAGGAAAUUAAAAGACAAGACCAAAACUGUGGUAUUUUCUGGGAUACUGCCGGCGCCUUGCAAAGGACCAUAUGGACAGCUGGAAAUACAAAAUCAAAAUGCAUGGGUGAAAUCGUGGUGCACACAGGAAGGCUUCACCUUUCUUGAACAUUGGAGCACUUUCUACAACAAGGACUAUCUAUACAGGUGGGACGGACUGCACUUAAACAGAAAGGGAACCAAUCUACUCGGAGAAAGGAUCCUUCAGGCGGUACAGAAGCAUUUAAACUAGAAAGGAAAGGGGGAGAAAACAAAAAAACAGAAGGGAGACUACAUCAAAACAAGGGCAACAACUCAGGGGCAGCGGCUGUGUAAAUGUUUCUGGAAACAUUCGUCACAACACUGUACUUGGACUCAUUACAAUGUCCUGCUUUGGUUAUGAGGAGGAACUAGCACCUGAGUGGGAGGAGCCCGUGCAUCCAGCGCCCAGACGGGGGGACCGCGGGAAUCCAAAGCCUGAGAGACAGCUGUUCCCACCUCCACCAGCAGAGCAAGAAUGCCUGCUGUUCCCACCUCCACCAGCAGAGGGAGAAUGCCUGCUGUCCCCAUCUCCACCAGCAGAGGAAGAAUGCCUGCUGGUUUCCCUAUCACAACCAGGAGAGGAAGAAUGCCUGCUGGUUUCCCCAUCACAACCAGCAGAGGACGAAUGCCUGCAGGUUACCCCAUCACAACCAGCAGAGGAAGAAUGCCUGCUGGUUUCCCCUUCCGAGGGAGAGCCACACCAGUCCCCUGCAAUAGGGGGAGCGCCGCAUCAGUCCCCUGCAAUAAGGGGAGCGCCGCACCAGUCCCCUGCAAUAGGGGGAGAGCCGCACCAGUCCCCUGCAAUAGGGGGAGACUACACGCUGCUCCCACCUUCGUCGCCAGGAGACUACACGCUGCUCCCACCUUCGUCGCCAGGAGACUACACGCUGCUCCCACCUUCACCGGCAGGAGCAGAGCAGCUGGGAGCUGCCUCUACCUCCGCCACUUCCACCAGCAGAGGGUCAAUGCCUGCUGGGUCCACUUCCACCAGCAGAGGGUCAAUGCCUGCUGGUAUCACUUCCCCGACCGCCAUCUUCACCCCCAAGAGGAGAGGAGCAGGAGUUACCUCUGCCUCCAUCACCACCAGGGGAAGAGGUGCAGAAGCUGCCUCUCCCUUCACAAACAGUAGCAGGACUUGCUGCUGGCAUUCCUCAGCAACCACUACAUAGUCUGCUGAGGGGAGCACAGCAGAAAACAGCCCGGCUGCAGCGGCUACGAAGAGGGCCAGCACCGCCGCAGCCACUGCUACAGUGGCCAACCACAGCACCACGACUGGUCCUGACUCCGGCACCGCCCAAGGAUGCCAGCCUCGCUUCGCCCAAGGAUGCCAGCCUCGCUUCGCCCAAGGAUGCCUGCCUUGCAUCGCCUGGGGCUGCCUGUUGCUCCGCAUCACAGCAGGAAGUACUGUGGCCGGAACCCCACCAAGGGGAGCUGCCGGCCACGAAGAAGGGGGAGGAGGUCUGGAGACCACCAACCCCAGCAGCAGUUUCGUUGCCGGAGAUCGUGGGGGAGGUCAGGAGACCUGCUCCCACUGCAGCACGUGCGCUGCAGGAAGUACUGUGGCCGGAGCCCCACAAAAGGGAGCUGCCGGCUACGAAAAAGAGGGGAGGUCAGGAGACCACCCCCCAAGCAGCCUUUCUGCUACCAGGACUACCCCGGCUGGAGGAGCCAGACUUGGGACUAUUAAUGUCUCUGCUGACAGCAUUUCCGCAGGAGUAUGCCACCCCGCUGUCAGCAUUGCUGCUGACAGCCUUACAACCUGUGGGCCCCUUGAAGCCUCUGGUUCUGGCCCAGGACUUUGUGCUGGACUUUUGGGCUUUUAAGGGGGGAGGUGGCCGUUGAGGCCAUGUGUGCUGCGCACAAGGGGGGGUAUAUGUGGCAAUGUGCUCCGCCCCUGUGUGCAUUUCUGUGUUGUAUGUCGCGUGUGGUGAGUUAAUAUUGGUGUAUAGGCAUUGGUACACGGGAUAUAAACGGGUCUGUGUUUCACGUGUGAUUUAAAAUGUAUAGUUGUAUUUAGGCACGGGAUUGCACAUCACUUCACGUGCAUUUAAAGUAUAUAAUAUGUGAGCACGAGGUUGCACAUAAUUAAUUCACGUGCUGGUUCAAGUGAAUAAUUAAUUAGUAAUUGAAUCCCAGCACAACAGUAUAUAUAGAUGCACGUUUUACUUACUCGGGGUUGGGUGUUCGGUGAGUAGUGAACGGGAGAGAGAGGAGGAGAAAUAAAGUUAAAGAUAAAUAUUUAUAACAAUUGCUAUCGCGUGCUGGUAGGACCAGCACAAUGCUUGUUUGUUUAUUUACUCACCGUGUUUGUGUGUCUGUCCGUCCACCGUUUGUUUAAGUGUUAGUCCGUUUUGUUUGUCUAUUUAUUUUGGAGCAAGUGCCGUGUCCUGUCUUCUGUUUGUUUAAACCUUUUAUUUAUAAUAAACCGCGCAACAGCACUUUCAUCAUUU